AGCAGCGCUGGAGCUGCCUGAGCCGGAGCGGAGCCGCUGUUCUCAGCUGCAGCCAGGAUCUGCCCCCAGCCCCGCUGGGAUCCAGGCUGCAGAAUGUUUUGCUCCAGCUCAUCCCAGCCUGGCGUGGGACAGGGAAGAGAAAUGGCUGCAGUGGAGUCAGUCCAGGGGCUGGUGACCUUCAAGGAGAUGGCUAUGUAUUUCACCAGGGAAGAGUGGGCUCUGCUGGACCCCACUCAGAGAGCCCUCUACUGGGAUGUCAUGCAGGAGAACUAUGAGACUGUGACCUCGCUGGGCCAGAGAAUAACAUCCAUGUUUCGCUGCAGAUCAUCUCGUCUUCCCAGGGGCAAGGAAAUGGCUGCAAUGGAGCUGGCUCAGGGGCCGGUGACCUUCGAGGAGGUGGCUGUGUAUUUCUCCAGGGAAGAGGGGACUCUGCUGGACCCCACUCAGAGAGCCCUCUACAGAGAUGUCAUGCAGGGGAACUAUGAGACGAUGGUCUUGCUGGGUAAGGAUUCCUGUCCCUUCUGUUCUUGGAAGGGGAAAUGAAGAGUGAAGGUUCACGCCACCCCCACAAUGCCAUCUGUACCCUGUCC